AUGUCCCAACCAAAACGAGAUAGCACGUGGAGUUGGUUGGUACUGUUUUGUGUUUUGUGCUGCCAAAUAGUUCUCGGUGGAAUAUGCUUAUCGGGUAUACUAUUUCUUGUUAUAUUCACAGACGUGAUAGACGUCAGUCCGGCGGAAGCAGCAUGGCUCUGCUCACUUCCAGUUACUAUAUGGUUUAUUUCCUCACCAAUCGGUAGUCUUCUAACCAACCGAUACGGUUUCCGUGUAUGUUCAUUUGUAGGUGGUAUCCUGGCAGCUGGCGGACUUUCAUUGAGCUAUUUUGCUACAAGCUCAAAGCUCCUUUUCCUUUCCUUUCGACUUGGACUUGGCAUAAAUUACAACGGGUGUAUGUCAGCAAUUAAUGUAUACUUCGAUACCUACAAGACCCUAGCUACCGGCAUUUCUUCAGUUGGCCACAAUCUUGGUCUUAUAAUAUUUGCUGAUAUCAUUGUUUCAUUGGAGGAGAGUUUCGGGGCCUUAAUUAACGCAAUAAUUCACAAAAUUGUCGGAUUUAGCAGAUUUCCGGAUGGAGUCGGAAUGUCACUACCCUUUAAGGCAACUGGAAAUCUCAUUGGUGGACCAAUGGCAGGUGUUUUGCUGACUAUGACGGGAAGUUAUGCAUUUUCCUUUUAUCUGGCUGGUGUUACUAUGGUUUUAGCAGCGUGUCUGAUGGUACAUCCUAUCAUGCACAUAAGGCAACGAGAAAAGAAUCAUCAAGCCAGUAAUAGUUAUCUUGUCAGUGAAAAGGACGUGGAAAUAUCUGAAACAGGAACAUUUAUUGGAACCCAAAAACCUAUAAGAGAAAUGGAAUACGAAAGACAGCUUAAUAUAGAAUCGAAAUUGAUAGACAUGGACAUGGCCGAUAGAACAUUUGAAGUGAUCCCAGAGUUAGAAAAUCAUUACGAACAGUGCCCUCAUUUAUAA